AUGAAUAAUUUCAAUCCUGAACAGUAGAAUAUCAUUUACAAUUAAGAAAUACAUCAACCUAUUUAAACUCACUAACAAAUUUUUAACUUUUAGUAAGUAUACUAUCCUUAACAGUAAAUGAAUUAUUAGAGAAAUAACAAUAGUUAGUAUGUAGCUUAGGUUGUAAAGAAAUCUGGAAAUUAAAUCUUCCCUAUUGAUGUAGAAGCGAGAUUUAAUGGAAACGAGUAAGAAGGCUAAAUAGACUUUCUUUUUGGGUAUAUAGCUAAUGCUUCUGAGAUUUUUUGUAACUAUAGAGUAGAUGGAGGAUUUCCUGUAAAUUUACCUAAACCUCCUCCUAAUUAUAGAUAUGGCUAUGAUGAUAAUAAUUCUUUCGAUUAGGCGUAUGAAGACUACCAAGGGAAAUUACUUCUAGCCUGUAUGAAAUAAAUACAACAAUCUAUGUAGCUAGAUUUCACAGGAAUAACUUAUGAAUAAAAAACUAAUCUUUUAUCAAGUAAUUUUGUUGAAAAUAAUAUAACACAAAUUCUCGUUCAUAAAAAUACUAUGUACACAAAAGAUUAAAUAGAAAACGGUUAAGUAGUUUAAUGCUGUAAGACAUUACACUAGAGUUUAUUAAGAAAUACUAAAAGAAUCUUGUUUCAUUAUAUAUUAGCUUUAGUACUAUUUUGUACUUUUUACGCUCUCAUUUUCGUUUAUUUAGUUAAAAAUGGUAAAGGUUCUGAUUUCAAUAGAUUUUUAGCUAUUUUUAUAGUGACCACCGUAAUUCAUUUGUUAGGAUUAAGACAAAUACUAUCUUGUCUUAUUAACUGCAAUCUUUCAGGAUUUAAAUUGGUUUAGUGCUUUGGAUUCCUUCAAAUAAUAGGGCAUCUUGUUAUCUUUUUUCUUGCAACCAUUAUAUCUGUUAAAAAUACUGACAGUGGUAGAUAAAAAACUCUUUUAAGCCUAAGUUUGAUAGGUAUUAUAACAAGCUUCAUACCAACAAUAUUAUAUACAUCAAGAAUAUCAUAUAUAACCAAUAUUUUGUAAAGAUUUGGUUGUUUACUUUAGCAAUAUCCUGAACAUUUUCUAAAAUGA